AUGCUUUCUUUACUUGCCGAAAGAAUGUGCUUCUGGCGAAGAGCACGUCCACCCAGAUAGAAGGCGUCUUUGCUGCGACCAGAGGAAGGUCGGUCCCAGAAGAGCAAGAAGCCCUUCUCCAGCAGUGGCUGGAGGAAGGAGCGGGGAAUUUGCCAGCCAGUGAGAGUGCUCCAGCAGCGGGGAAAGUAUCAGUUACGUUCAGUAGUGACUGGUUAGAAGGUUCAGAGCUAUUGAUGACUAGCCUCAGUGACCUGAAUUCGUCUCCAGAAGUCACCCAGUGUGCUGGUCAGCAGUUCACAGAGCUACACACCUUGGCUUCUUCAGAAUUGCAAGAUCAUGCACUGACAAAAUUACCAGCAGAGGAACCAGUGGUUGUAGCAGGCAGUGCCCCUUGGGCAGCUGCGGUGCCACAGACGGAUCACCAGAUAGCCGGCUGUGCCACUAUCGACGUAGAAGUGCAGAAUGAAGACCCAGCUGUGCUGGCCUGGAGUUUAGCGCGUGAUGCAGAGACAGUGCCAACGGAACCCCCAACCUGGCCCAUUCAGGCUACAGUACAAUUUUGUCCUUUCCCGACAGAGGUACCCUACCAUGAGAUUUUAUGGAGAGACUGGGAGGAUCUUUCUAUCCAGCCCUGUGUGCUAGAGCAGGUCUCGAAAAACACUCCUCUCUUUGAAUUUCGCAUCAUGUCUUACAACAUCCUUGCCCAGGACCUGGUGGAGCAGGGCCUUGAUCUCUAUCUACACUGUCAUCCAGACAUCCUGAACUGGAACUACCGCCUUCCAAACCUUUUGCAGGAGAUCCAGCACUGGGAUCCUGAUGUUCUGUGUCUUCAGGAGGUACAAGAGAACCAUUACUGGGAACAGCUGGAACCGACGUUCAAGGAGAUGGGCUUUGCAUGCUUCUAUAAACGGAGAACUGGAACUAAGACAGAUGGCUGUGCAGUGUGUUACAAGCACAGCAGGUUCCAGCUGAUCAGCUUCAGCCCCAUAGAAUAUUUCCGGCCUGGCCUGGAUGUCCUCAAUCGGGAUAACGUGGGUUUGGUGCUGCUGCUACAGCCUCUGCUCCCGGAGGGCCUAGAUCUGAAGGCAGUCAGUCCUUUGUGUGUGGCCAAUACUCAUGUGUUGUUCAAUCCCCGGCGAGGAGAUAUCAAACUGGCCCAGAUGGCCUUGCUCCUAGCAGAGAUUGACAAGAUUGCCAAAACCACUGAAGGCAGCUACUAUCCUGUCAUCUUGUGUGGAGACCUGAACUCUGUACCUGAUUCUCCACUCUACAAAUUCAUCCGGAAUGGUGAACUUUCUUACCAUGGGAUGCCAGCCUGGAAGGUGUCUGGUCAGGAAGACUUCUCCCAACAGUUGUAUCAACGGAAACUGCUGGCCCCGCUGUGGCCAAGCUCGCUGGGAGUAACGGACAACUGCCAAUAUGUCGCUCUGUGCCAGCCAAAGAAAUUGGGCAGACGUAAGUACAGCCGGGACUUCCUGCUCCAGUUUCAUUUUUGCGAUGUUGCCUGUGAACGACCACCACAGCUGGUCCUCUUGGAAGGUGUGACAGAUGCUAAACCAGACCGCCCUGCACACUGGCCCAAGCUUGCUGCUGUGGUGAGAGACCCUGAUCCCCAGCCAUUCGUCCCAAGCCACUUCCUGCCACAGAGGGGACGCCCGGAGGUCACAACGAUGCCCAUGGGGCUCGGAGCCACCGUUGAUUAUAUUUUCUACUCAGCAAAGCCUGUGGAUAAGGGGAACAGAGGGGGACGCAGGCUGUACCAGGAUGGAGCCCUGAAACUGCUUGGCCGCCUUUCCCUUCUCUCUGAAGAUGUCCUGUUGCUGGCAAAUGGCUUACCAAAUCCUUUUUGUUCAUCUGAUCAUCUCUGCCUGCUGGCUAGCUUUGGCUUGGAGAUCUCCGGCCUCAGAGAGGGUUAGUGUUGGUUCCCUUUCCCUAAAGAAAAGCUAUUCCAAAUACAGUAGUUGAGGCUCUGGAUUGUACAACCUGCUUGCAAGAAAACUCUUUUCCUUGUCAUGCCCUAGAAGUCCCCCUCACACCCUUACAAAAAGCAAGGAUGGGAGAG